CUCUUAAACAGCGAUCCACCGGCAUCUCCCAUCCUUGAAUGAUGUCUGAGGCCGCAGCCGACGCCGUAGUGGAGGAAUCCCCUCCCGUGGAGCCAGAACCCGUAGAAACUGACACUGCCAAGCUCCUGGAGACGAGCGCCGCCCUGCAGGAGGACGAUGAGCUGGCCAACAUCGUCACCGCCGAGGAGUACCUGAUGCGCAAGGAUGUGGUGCUCCUGGAGUACGAGAAGCAAAUGUACUUGGACCUGGUCCUCGAGGAUGGUCUGCUGGUGUGUGCCAAGGGCUUGAGCUACGAACGCGUCCUCAUACAUAUCCUCAAGUCGUUCAGUGAUGCCGGGAACCUGAUUCUGGUCAUUAACAGUUCCGACUGGGAGGAGCAGUACUACAAGUCCAAGCUGGACCCCAAAUACGUGCACGACGUAGCCAACACGGCCACGGAAAGGGAGCGCGUUUAUUUGGAGGGCGGCUUGCAGUUCGUUAGCACACGCAUCUUGGUGGUGGAUCUGCUGAAGCAGCGCAUUCCCAUCGAGCUGAUCACCGGCAUCAUCGUCCUGCGGGCCCACACCAUCAUCGAGAGCUGCCAGGAGGCGUUCGCCUUGCGGCUAUACCGGCAAAAGAACAAGACGGGAUUCAUCAAGGCCUUCUCCAACAGCGCAGAGGCCUUCACCAUCGGCUACUCCCAUGUGGAGCGCACCAUGCGCAAUCUGUUUGUGAAGAACUUGUUUAUCUGGCCACGGUUCCAUGCCUCGGUUAGAAAUGCCCUUCAUCCGUGGCAGGCACAGACCAUUGAGCUCCAUGUGCCGCUGACUCCGAGCCAGACCUCCAUACAGACCCACAUCCUGGACAUCAUGAACUUCUUGGUGCGCGAGAUCAAGCGAAUUAAUCGCACUGUGGACAUGGAGGCGGUCACCGUCGAGAAUUGUGUCACCAAGAAGUUCCACAAGAUCCUCCAGGCCCAGCUGGACUGCAUCUGGCAUCAGCUCAACUCCCAGACGAAGCUCAUUGUGGCCGAUCUUAAGAUUCUCCGCAGCCUGAUGAUCUCCACCAUGUACCAUGAUGCGGUUAGUGCCUAUGCCCUGAUGAAACGCUAUCGCAGCAAAGAGUAUGCCCUGAGUAACUCCGGCUGGACUCUGUUGGAUGCUGCCGAGCAGAUCUUCACCAUAUCCAAGCAGCGAGUCUUCAAUGGCCAGCAGGAAUUCGAGCCGGAAGCCUGUCCGAAAUGGCAACCACUCACGGAACUGCUCACCCAGGAUGUGCCCGGAGAUAUGCGGCGCUGUCGUCGCACCGAACAGCCAAAGGUGCUGAUCCUUUGCCAGGACGCCCGCACCUGCCACCAGCUGAAGCAAUACCUGACCCAGGGCGGCUCGCGAUUCCUGCUUCAGCAGGCCCUCCACCACGAAGUGCCGGUGGGAAAGUUGAGCGACAAAUACGCCAAAGAGGGCCAGUGCAGGGCUGCCCCCAAGCCGGUCAAGAGCGAGGCUCUGAAACAGGAACCGGCCAGCUCGCAGCCACCGCCGGGCGGACCGGACGAACUGGCCCAGCUGCUGAGCGAAAACGAUGUCGAGGGCCAGCACUUCGAGGAUACCUAUAUGCUGACGAUGACCCAGCCCGUGGAGCUGCUGGAGUCGCUGGAAGCGGCCAUGGAUGUUAAACCCGAUCCGGAUGCCUCUAUAUUCGAGUCUAUACCGGAACUGGAGCAGUUUGAUGUCACAGCAGCGCUGGCGGCAGUGCCGCAUCAGCCCUACAUCUGCCUGCAGACCUUCAAGACGGAGCGCGAGGGCUUCAUGGCCCUGGAGCACAUGCUGGAGCAGCUGCAGCCGCACUACGUGGUCAUGUACAACACGAAUGUGGCGGCCAUACGUCAGAUUGAAGUCUUCGAGGCGCGUCGUCGCCUUCCGCCCGCCGAUCGCAUGAAGGUCUACUUCCUCAUCCAUGCCAAGUCCGUGGAGGAGCAGGCCUACCUCACCAGCUUGCGCCGAGAGAAGGCGGCCUUCGAGCUAAUCAUCGACACUAAGAGUAAAAUGGUGAUUCCGGAGUACCAGGACGGCAAAACGGACGAGGCCUUCAUCCUCUACAAGACCUACGAUGAUGAGCUCGUCGAGGACAAUGCCCAGAGUCGCAGGGCAGGCGGCCAGGCACCGAAAACUCCCAAGGAAACGGCCAAGGUGAUCGUGGACAUGCGUGAGUUCCGCUCGGACCUGCCCUGUCUGAUCCACAAGCGCGGGCUGGAGGUCCUGCCGCUGACCAUCUCCAUCGGCGACUACAUCCUAACGCCGGAGGUGUGUGUGGAGCGCAAGUCCAUAUCGGAUCUGAUUGGGUCCCUGAACUCGGGUCGGCUCUACAACCAGUGCGUCCAGAUGCAGCGGCACUACGCCAAGCCGAUUCUGCUCAUCGAGUUCGACCAGAACAAGCCCUUCCACCUCCAGGGCAAGUUCAUGCUGUCCCAGCAGACGACCAGCGCCAACGCCGACAUCGUCCAGAAGCUGCAGCUGCUGACGCUGCACUUCCCCAAGCUGCGACUCAUUUGGUCACCCAGUCCGUACGCCACCGCCCAGCUGUUCGAGGAACUGAAGCUGGGGAAGCCCGAACCGGAUCCCCAGCAGGCGGUGGCCCUGGGCAGUGAAGAGCCAACGGCCGGGGAGCAAUUGCACUUCAACAGCGGCAUCUAUGAUUUCCUGCUCCGUCUGCCGGGCGUCAAUACCCGGAGCAUACACGGCCUGAUGCGGCACGGCGGAAGUAUGCGGCAAUUGCUGCUGCGCAGCCAAAAGGAGCUGGAGGACUUGCUGCAGUCGCAGGAGGGCGGCAAGCUGCUGUACGACAUCCUGCACGUGGCCCAUCUGCCCGAGAAGGACGAGGUGGCCGGCUCGACAGCCCUUCUGGCAGCCGGCAAGCAGUUCGGCUCCGGGGCUCACAAUCGUUUCAGGAAGGCAGCUGCCGAGUCGCGUCGAGGACGUCGCUAAUAUAUGUACUUAAAAUAUGUUAUUACCUCUUAAAGUAUUUAUUUCGUUAAGAAGACCAACUUCAGGACCAAAAAUAAUUAAAUUCCUGGGAUGGCGGCCUUUAAAGCCACAACUUUCUGUACAUAUGUUUAAUAAUUAAAUUUAUCUCGCAAUGUGUAUGCGAAUUUUUAAUUUUUAGAUUCAAUAUGAAGCGAGAGAAGAGGAGGAGGAGGAGGAGGAGGAGGAGGAGGUGGAGGAGGAGAGUCAUCCGGACAUGAAGUCCCGAGCAAACAGUCACCGCGAAAUUAUGGAAAUUUUUUAAACGUUCCCAAUUAACUGGGCAAAGGGAAUGAGGACAGCAGGCGCACUGGAAUGCGGAUGAUACAGUCUGGACGUUGACAGUUUGGCGGGGGAGAGAAGCUGCCACUGACCACUGGGGAUGCGACUGGGGACAGAGUUCUGCAGGUUGAUGGCUUCGUGUUGAAACUCUGCAACGGCAACUGCAACAGCGGGUCAUCGGGGGAUGAGCGUAUAAAAAUCAAUUUUCAAUAAAUUUUUAAUUGCCUCCGCGUCGACUGUCUGCCCAGGCACUCCCUGCUCCAAGUCCUGUCACUUCCCCGAGUGAAGCUUGGAGCUUGGAGUCCCAUUAACAGCCAGACCAUGUGAUACGAGUGGCCAUAAACGGAAUUUUUCAUUCAGAAACUCAACUACGAAAGUAUUCUGCAAAUUAUACGCCACUUCUACAUUA